AUGGUCCAGAGAGCCCCGCUCCCACCCCUGCUGCUCCUGUCACUGUUGAUCCCAGGCUCGUGGGCUGUGCCAGAGGCACAGCCACUUCACCGAGUGGCGGGGCAGACGCUUUCUGUGACAUGCCAGUACCCCCCCAAGGGCUGGCCCUACGAGAGGAAGAGCUGGUGUAAGGAGCUAUCGGCGUUCAAGUGCACCAGGUUAAUCACCAGCUCCGGUCCCCGCAGGCUGGCUCAGGCCUCUCGAUUCUCAAUCUGGGACAACCCUAGCACCGGCCUCUUCAUUGUCACCAUGACUGGGCUGAAGGAGGAAGAUUCAGGACACUACUGGUGUAGAAUUUACCAUGCUUCUGACAACUCUGUCUCUAAGUCCAUAAGGUUCUAUCUGACGGUGUCUCCAGCUUCCGCCUCCACGCAGGCCACCCAGGCUUCCCGUGACCUGAUCUCAUCACAGACCCAGAGCUGUGUGUCCUCCACUGGAAGAACCAGAGAGGCCCCCAGGACUUCCUCUGCCAUCACUGCCCCUUCACAGCAACAAAACUGCACCCUCCACUGUCACCCUGCAGCCCCGGGCGCUCUGGUCUCCGUGCUCUGUGGACUCCUUCUGGCCAAGAGCGUGGUGUUGUCAGCCCUGCUUGUCUGGUGGGGGCCUCUGCUCUGGGAAACCCUGCUGGAACUCAGGAGCCCAGAUGCCAAUUAA